AAUACACAGAUGAUAAUGCCCUGAUUCCGAAGAACUCAUCAGUCAUUGUUAGAAGAAUUCCUAUUGGAGGAGUUAAAGCUACCAGCAAAACGUAUGUUAUAAGUCGAAGUGAGCCAGUGAGUGGAACAUCAAAAGCAGUAUGUAAAAACACAAUCUCACACUUUUUUCUGCACACUGCACUUAACUCUAAACAAUGUAGCUUUUUAAUUUUCCAAACCUUAACUUAAUAUAUUUUCCAGUAAAACAUAGUAUAUGUUGUAAAUACAAUGUAUUUGAUUCAGCAUAGUGAAAACCGAGUAAUGCCAUCAUUUGCACAGUUCUAAUGUGAAUAUUGGUAUUUGUGCCUAGUGACGCGCUGUAUUUCAUAUUGAAUAUGCUAGAAUAUCUCCUGUAUGACUCUGUGUUGUACAGACAAUGUACGGUCGUUUUCAGAUCGUGUAGGUUGGAGGUUUGCGCAGUUGAACAUGGUGCCAUGUUCUACAUCUGUCUGUCUCUAGCUAGUGAUAUGUAUGUUUGUAUAGGUUGUUGUGUGCUUUUUGUUUCUUGCAAUAAAAAUUGUUUGGAGUGUAUAUUUUGCCAUUUUCACAUUGUAUCACUUAGCUUUUGUUUUUAAAUACUUUUUUUUUGCCUAAUGGUUUUUGAAAAUGUUAUCAAAAACCACUGAGAAACCACUGUUGU